UGUCGUGCUUCUCAGAAGAAUUUUGACAGCUGCAGAGUUUGAUAGAUAACUACAUAGAUUCUCUUCUUCUCAGAUAAAACACUAGGUUGAUUUUUCUUUUCUUUUUCUUAACUGUUAGUUAGUAGUUGGAAUUUUCCCCAAAUAGAAUAUAAUGACAUGGCUCAUUCUGCAAGAAAGCAGUUUUAUUGCUAGUCUUUUAACUAAUGAGCAGACUGAUGAUGUGAUGAUGGCGAGAUAUUGCUGAGAUAAAGCAGCAGACACGCGCGAACCUCAGCCUAGUUUUACUCGUAUGAACAUAACUAAUCUGUAAACUACCUUGAUAAUUGCCUUGAACAGUUAUGCCAUCAUAACCCUCGUAUGACUGACGGGUUUGCUGCAGCCACUCUGACUUUCUGCAUGGAUAUAUCCCCGGACACCCCCAAAGCCCGCGUCUAUUCAGCCUCUACCAUCCCUGCAAAAUCCUCAACCCCCCCUCCCCCUCCCCCUCCCCCCUCCGUCUCCCUCCCCAGGUACGGAACAGCCGGAGCAGGGAAGAGUUUUCUUAUUGAUCAUAUUUUGUUUAAUUCUCCUGUUUCUUGGUUGUUUUUUCGGUUUUGCAUUCGCCUCGCCUUCUUUCAUCGUGCCGUGUUGCCGUUCGUUGCCUUUGCAUACGCACGAAAGCCCUGUCCCAGAUUAACGAAAAAGCAAAAUAUUGAUAUUAUUACCCGCGCGUGUUUGGUUGGUUACUUAUGAGAUUAUAGAAGCUUUGAGCAGAACACAAUACGAGAUAUCAUUUCUUUUUCCUUUUCUUUUUCUAAUUAAGCAACUGAUGAUCUACCCCCAAGCAAUUUAAAUGAUGAAUCAUGGAAGAAUCGAAGAAACAGAAACUGGGAAAAGCAUUUGUUUUCUUUUGCUUUUUCUUAUUGAUUUUUUUUUUCAUAUAUUAUCUUUUCUAUAUAUGUACAACGAUUUGAAAAAAUGAAUAACUAAACAAAUGAUGAUCAUGUUUCAUGAAACUUGCAUAGUAAGCUAGCUAUUCAGACACAACAUUACCUUGAUACUUCAUAUAUUAUCCAGUACAAGUAUAAGGUGUAGAGAAACAUCAUGGGGUAGCUCAACAGCUGAAAUAAAAGCCGGGUUUUUUUAAGUUUUGUGCUGGACAUCUUCUCUAAUAAUAUGCGCGGCUACUAUUUAUUUUAUUGCUGCUUAAGUUUUGGCUGGGGCUGUUUCCCCUCUUUUGUCCAAGUGAGUGAGAAGAACUUGUGUUCAUAUAAUAAUAAGCUGUGGAUGAUUUUCCGCUAUCAGCCCAAUCAGCCAUCUGGAGCUGAUGGUGGAUCAAAAAGAGCAGCAGGAAGAAACUUAUCUAUCAGACAGACAGAGUGGCUGAUAGAGCAACCUACAUGUACAUGUACUGUACAUGCACAUGUAUGUAUGUACAAAACAAACUUAAUACAGUUUAAACUGGGCGGCCAGGUGUGUAUAUAGACUUCACCCUAGUAUCUUUGGCAGGGCAGUUGAACAUAAUCUGAGAAAUUGAGCAUGAACAGUUGUUACAGCUAAGAAAGAGAUAAAAAGGGAAAAGAUAGAAUCAGUCACAUCUUGCUGGGCUAUUCCAUUACUCUUACCCUCACUAUGAUAAAUAAUAUUGUAUUCUGUACCUGAGUCAAAAAAUCUCACAGUGGGGAUAAAAGAUGAAAUGGUACUUGGGUGUGGCUGAACAGAGGCAAAAAUUUAAGAAGGUGAGGGCGUUUUGAGAAAGCAGCUUCUAAUAAUAAUCCGAAACCGUCUUCUGGAGGAGGGAAAGAGAAAGCAAGAUCUUGCUUGUAUCAUUUAUGUUCGGUAUUUUGAUUGAUUCUUUCCAUUCGUGAUUUCAUAUUUCAUCAGUUCCUAUUAACAGGAUUCAAGCGCUUGAAACAACAAUAAUAGUAAUUAAUAAUUCUCCUUCAUUCUCCUCUUCCUCAUUCUUCCUGUCGGUUUUAUUCUUUGGCUCUUAUUAUUUCUCUCUCCCUUAAGUUAUUCUUCUUCUUCUUGCUAUUGCAUUAGCUGACUAGUCAGACUAGUCCCAGUGCUAGUUUGCGUUCUCCAUAAUUCCGUUCGCCCCAUCCCCAUCCCCAUCCAUGCCCACCACACACAGUCGCUCUGGUCCAAGUGAAGUGGUCUGUCUGUCUGUCUGUGUGUCUGUCUGGUCUGACUGCCAGGCUGUUUCUGGCCCCUCGCCGGCUGCUCUCCACUGUUUCUGCAAUCCCCCGUCUAUCCCCACCACUUUUUUCACCUCUUUUACCACCUUAAAACAAGUGAUAAUAAUAAUAAUACAUAAAAAUAAUAAUCCCAUCCCAGCCAGUGAAGAGCUCUGAAGCAGCCUGUUGCUGCUCACCCUCGUCCCGUACCAUCGGCUCCCCAUCUCUCUCUCUGUGUCUGUGUUCCUCCUCUACAGCCAUCCUUGAGCCUUUCUACCUUCAGCCUUUCUACCUUCCCUUCCCCUCGUUCCUGUAUUGCUCCCCAAUGCCCGCCACCGCGAUCAGCCGCCUUUUCUCUCCUGUUUCUCGCCGUUGCACCACUACCAUCACCGCCACCGCUGCAACAGCCAUUAUCAAUCCCAUUCCCGUGCAUAGUUCUAUCCCAUUACUGCAGUCAACACAGCACCAGACCCAGAAUCCCCUCCCUUCACUCCCUUCGCUCCCGCUUCUCCUCGAGAUCGUCAGUUACCCGGCAAGGCUCCGAAACCCUCCAGCAACAGCAGUAGCAGUUUAUCGAUAGACAGUUAUCAAUCCAUCAAUCCACCUCCGCCCAUCUCCCCGCUCUCUCUCUCUUUCUCGCAUCCAGCUUGCCAGAUCGCCACCACCCUCUGACGCUGAUGGGGCUCUGGGUUCCGCGAGUCCUGGUCGCUGUCGGAAAAUACACGCUGCCUUCUCUAGUAACUCUCCAAUCAGCGUGUCCCGACUCACGGUUAAACCGCCGCUUCUUAGCUAUUAUUUAACAAAAAUUCAACCCCGAGCAAAACACCGAGUUUAGCCAAAAAAAAAUAAAGAAUAAUAAUAAUAAUAAUAAAAAUCCACCCCCAAAAAAGCAAACCAAGCCAACCCUCUCUUUCACUUCCUCUCUCAUCUUUCACACACUUUUGUCGCUCAACUUCUGACCAUCCUCACCACUUUACCUCUCCUCUCUUUCUCACCCUCGCCCUCCCACCUUUUCCUUACCUUCGUUUCGGACAAUUUAAUUCCUUGAGCUCUCUGGUGUUAUCGUCUUUUUUUUUUUUUUUUUUUUUUUUUUUUUUGAUUUUUGAUUUUCCUAGAUCUUCUAUUUUUGAUUUUUGCUAUAUUUUGUUUUCUUUUGUGCCGCCGACCUUAUCGCCUCGAAGGUCCAGAACCUCUCCAUUUUCAGCCGCCCCUCUCCUUAUCCCUCCGCAUCAUAGUAAACAUGGCCCUCGAGAGCAGCACCCCAACAGCUCCGGCUGCCCCUGCUGGCAAUUCCAGCGAUUUUGUUCGAAAACUCUACAAAAUGCUCGAAGAUCCGUCAUACUCACAAAUUGUGCGCUGGGGCGAUGACAAUGACAGCUUUGUCGUAUUAGAGUGCGAGAAAUUCACCAAGUCAAUCCUUCCAAAACACUUCAAACACAGCAACUUUGCCAGUUUCGUCCGACAGCUCAACAAGUACGACUUCCACAAAGUUCGCCAGAAUAAUGAAGAAUCUGGCCAAUCACCCUACGGGCCCAAUGCUUGGGAGUUCAAGCACCCGGAAUUCAAAGCCAAUAACAAGGAAUCGCUGGAUAAUAUUAGAAGGAAAGCACCAGCACCACGAAAACCAGCCCAGUCGAACGAUGAUUCAUUCCAUACCCAACAGUUUGACAUGCUUAAUCAGCAGCUUGUGGCUCAGGCACAACAGUUUCAACAAUUAAGCGAUCGUUUUUCACAAUUGGCUUUGGAAAAUCAAAUGAUGCAAACCGAAGUUCGAAGAGUGCAGAAAACGAUGUUAAGCCACGAGCAGGUUCUCCACUACAUGAUGAAUUACCUACAUGGUGUUGAUGCACGGCAUAGACGAGAAAACAGAACGCAAGUGUCAUUCCAGGGUACGAGCGGGCCAGACCUGAGCCCUUCCCAAGUUGCCCCGGUUGAAGACGACGCCGCCUCCCCCCUGCAGCAAGCCACCAAGAUUCUGAGCGAGCUGAGCAACGAAAUCCAAAUGAACUUGGGUAGUCUGGAGUCUAUGACUGACAUGCAAGCAACCCGGCUUCCAGGGGCUGCCCCUACGCCUCCUCUAGAUCAGAUCCAGCGGAAUGGAACGCUAAGACAUCCAACCUCGGCUGGCUCAAGCACGACACUGGGAUAUUCUAAACUCAAUGGCGAACUGGAGCAGAUGGUUUAUCCUGUCGGUGCGCCCAAUGGUAUCGAGCCACUAUAUAGCGAACAUGUCAACAACAUUCCGUAUUCCUUCCCUCCCAAAGAGCUCGAUCCUAACGACCCACGGCGGCAAUACGUGGAUGGACGCAAAAAAAGCAUGUACGUCAACCCAGGUUGGGUACAGCCUCCCCGCAUUCUCCUAGUUGAGGACGACCAGACGUGUCGACAAGUUGGGGGGAAAUUUUUGCUCUCGUUUUGUUGCACUGUUGAUUACGCGCUCGACGGCCUUGAAGCCGUUAAUAAAAUACAAGAAGGUUCUAAGUACGAUAUCAUAUUGAUGGAUAUCAUCAUGCCGAAUCUUGACGGGGUUUCCGCCUGCAGUGUAAUCAGGAGGGUUGACACUACACCAAUAAUCGCCAUGACAUCGAAUAUCCGCAGUAGUGACAUUGAGCUUUAUUUCCAACACGGCAUGAACGACGUUCUUCCAAAACCAUUUACACGGCAGAGCCUCCUCACCGUACUCGAAAGACACUUAAAUCACCUAAAAACAAUACCAAGCGCAAUAGAAGCGCCCCAAUCAGCCAUCGUCGCGCCCAUGGCCCAAACCUCCGCAGGGCAGUCUGUCAAGGACGAAAAUUCCCCAGGACCGUCACCAGCCGCGUCGAUGAAUAACUGGCAGUCCCCCGGUCAAUUCCAGGGCAUGUCACCCAUCACCCCCAAUGUCCCCGGUCAAUACAUGCAGCAGCAAACCCCAACCACAGCAGCAGCGGCAGCAGCAUAUGGACUCGACCAGAAUGGAGUUCAAUACCCACAUCCACAACCCCAAAUCGCCACGAUGAACCCUACAGCAGCCACGGCGGCAGCUCGCGUCCAACACCGUCGGCAGAUGUCGGACAUCGGUGGUGCAGCUGAUGGAAAUUCAUUUUCUAAACGACAAAAGAUGUUUACGCAUACCUCCCAAGCAGUUGUUAAUCCGAUGCAGACGAAUCGCAUACCCUAAAGAUCGCGUGUUUUACUUUUCACUUUUUUUAACCUCCGUCAUCGGUCAUAUCAUACCGCUGUCGAAUUCAUGUCGAUUUUUAUUAAUAAUGUCCCAGUGUGCAUCUCCUUGAAUCACGGUUGCUCUGUUCAUCCUCGUCCUCUACUCUUUCUUACCUACAUAUAUAUAUAUAUCACACAAUUAGUUUUUGUUUCCUCUCACCUGAUAAAAAGAUGCUACGAGAGAAAACUAGUUGCCUUUUGUGUUGUUUCCUUCCUCCCGGGUAUAUAUAUCGGAGGGGAACGUGUGAUUAAUUGGGAUUAAGUAAUCUUUGUUUUCUUUUUUCCUUGUUCUGGCUGAAAGCUGGUGUGACCAGCCCAUCUACCAUGGCCAUGUUGGUAUGAGUGCUUUUCUUAUUUUUAUUUCUUAUUCUUUUGUCUCUUUCCUAUCCUCUUCUUGCUGGCACGCCAAAUCGUCCUGCCGUCGAUGAGAAACGCUUUCUUCUUCUCUCUCUUCCUUCACUCACCCCGCCGGACGAACGAAACUGUUCCGUCCCUUCUAUAUAUUGCUGUUUUCCACGCUUACAAACUCACCACACUCCUCUCGAUUCCUAUAAAUACUUCCACUCGCACGACUUGAGCAGCUAUCUCUUUCCUCUCUGUCUCUCCUCUUUUCACUAUCCACGGGCAAACCAAGCAGACAUUUUUCUUAUUGGCGUUUUAUGGGUGGAUGAAUCUGGGUGGCUUUUUGUUCUUAUUUAUGUUCCUUUUUUCUCUUUCUCUUUCUCAUUUGUGCCAUUUUGGAAAAAAUCAUAUUUUUGUUGAUACUUAUUACUAUUAUUAUCAUCUCAUUGCUUUUAUUUUCAUCAUAAAUCAGAAAUGUAUAUACUUAUGAGGCGGAAAUCUUGUUUCAUUUUUCACAAGCAACCACAACCACUAACUUCCCAAAAUCAUCAUCAUCCACACCUAUCUAUCUAUCUAUCUACCCUCCCUCCUUCCCCCACCCUUAAACACACAUCCAGGUUCGCUUCUUUGUUUAUGAUUAUAUGAGUAUAUAUCAAAUUGGAUUCUUUGAUGUGGCUACAUGCAUGUGGAUGGGGUGGAUUUUCCCUCAACGAACCUACCAUGAGGGCUGUUGCUUUUUUCCGCUGUUCUAGGAAAGCAGGUUGGGCUCGGGGUGGUGGGAUAUCGGGAGUUGCCCGACGAGGACGGCCGGGUUAUAGCGAGAAGACAGAGACGAAAGACGGGGAGAAAAAGCAGGAGAAAAAAAGAAAGAUGAAGGGAAGAAGAGAAUCUACGAUAGAAUUUGCAUGACGAUCUCAAACCUGCUCCACUGCCAAUUCCUGCAUGUCACACGUUUUCCUCCGCCAUUGCCUUUAUCUUGCCUCCUUUCCGUGCUCUUAUUUUUUAUUUUUUAUUUUUUUCGCUUCUUAUUCCCCUUGGAUUCAAUGAGUGAAUCCCCUUCCUAGUUCCUACUUUUCCCAUUCCUCUUCUUGGUCUCUUUAAAUUCAAUGAUUUUCUUUUCUUGUGACUUCUUUUCCUUAGCGGCAAGGUCUCUCUACCUUUUGUUUUAAAAACCAAAACUUUAAUACAUACAAUGAGAUGACAUGAGAAUGAAAUGAGGACUGAAUUUGGCAUCAAAUCUGAACGGCCUUUAGUGAAAGUGGACAAAUUUGAGUGACUUAUUUUCAACUAUAUUAGGAAAGAAUUUUUUAAUUAAUUUUGUUAAGAA